AUGGGUAUUCUCAAACUGAUCUUGGUGCCCGUUGCAAUCGGGGUUCUCGCCGCCGCCGUAUGGAAUUUGUUGCCGGAAAAGGAGAUUAAUGUCGAAGAGAACAAUUACUACGGUAGUGGUAAGGCGAAACCGGACAAUACGGAAAUUAAACCGUUCAAAGUGAACGUUGAGCAAAGUGUUAUUGAUGAUCUCAAACACCGACUUCAAAACGCUCGAAUUUCCCAUUCAGUUCUCGAAGAUUCUGACGAUUUCUACUAUGGAUUCAACUCUAAACAGCUUCUGAAACUCCGCGACUACUGGCUCAACAAGUAUGACUGGAGAAAACAAGAAGCAACUAUUAAUCAAUUCCCCCAAUUCAAGACUGAAAUCGAGGGUCUUCAAGUUCAUUUCCUUCACGUAAAGCCUCCAAAGUCCUACAAAAAUGUGAAACCAAUUCUCGUGGCACAUGGAUGGCCUGGAAACGUUUUCGAGUUCUACAAGUUCAUUCCACUUCUCACUGAUCCAAAGAAGCACGGAAUUGAUUCAGACUUCGCUUUUGAAGUCAUCGCUCCAUCAAUCCCCGGAUACGGAUGGUCUGAUCAGCCAAAGAAGACUGGAUUCUCACAGUUGGCAUGUGCUCGUGUAUUCCGAAAACUGAUGCUUCGACUUGGAUACAACAAAUUCUAUUUGCAAGGAGGAGAUUGGGGAGCAAUUAUCACUUCUCUUCUCACUAAAGUUUAUCCACAAAAUGUUAUGGCUCUUCACUUGAAUAUGAUGCCAGCCAUGCCAGGAGCCAAUGCAUUGGGAACAUUCUAUGACAUCCUCGGUUGGCUUAUUCCAUCUACUCUUUCAUCGAAAGAAAUUCAAAAAACUCACAAUCCAUUCUCAAAGUUCGGACUUUUGAUUGUCGAGACAGGCUACAUGCAUCUUCAAGCAACAAAACCAGAUACUGCAGGAACUUCCUUGAAUGAUUCUCCAAUUGGUCUUGCUGCAUACAUCAUUGAAAAGUUCUCAACAUGGACCAACACAGAAAACCGUGCACUUCCUGAUGGUGGUCUUAACAAAAGAUUUACAAAUGAUGAACUUCUCACUAUUGUUAUGAUCUACUGGACCAAUGGAAACAUUGUCUCUUCGCAGAGAUUCUACAGAGAAAUGUUCCUCGACCGUAGAUGCGAGGCACUUGGAAAACGAUAUGUGUCAACUCCAACUGCACAUGCCAGCGGCCUCAACGAGCUCUAUGACCGUACACCAAUCGAGGUCUCCCGUCAUUCCUAUAACAUCACCCAUUAUACUGAAAUCGAUAUGGGACACUUUGCCGCGUUUGAAGCCCCAAAACCACUCGCUCAAUCUGUUUUUAAAUUUGUCAAAGAUCUAAACUAGACUAGCUCUCAAAAAUUUAUAUGUAAGAAAUGUGUUUUAGCAAUGUAAUAAAUAGAAAAUCAU